UCCCUCCUCAGGUCCUUCAGCACGACCAUCUCUAACGCAGCAGAGCAAUCGGAGGCAUAAACUAGAGACCUUCUGACUUCACUGUUUCAGAGCCAAACAGCAGCAGCAACAUCUCUGACUUUAAUAUUAUCAUUAUUACUACUUUAAGAUCAGUGUAGCUACAUGCAGCUUCCAGUUCGGCUGGACAACAUGGGCCGACCGCGCAUCGCCUCCUUGUUGCUCCUCUUCUGCUCCCUCAUUCAGACAUAUGCGUUGACUACGUGUGGAACCAGGCAGUUCCAGUGUGGAAACGGGAAAUGCAUCACCAUCAGAUGGGUGUGUGACGGUACAGACGACUGUGGCGACGGAACAGAUGAACUUCCUGGUACCUGCUCUGCCAGAACAUGUAGGACGACAGAGUUUAGCUGUGCAGAUCGACUUAACCAGUGUGUACCGAGCUCCUGGCGCUGCGAUGGAAAAGCAGACUGUGAGAACGGAGCUGAUGAAGAGAGAUGUGCGCCAAAGCAGUGCACGAACACGGAGUUCCGCUGCAGAAACGGCCAAUGCGUGUCUGCAUCGUUCGUGUGCGACGACGAGGCGGACUGUGACGACGGCAGCGACGAAGCCUCCUGCCCGGCCGUCACCUGCAGCGCCGCCUCCUUCCGGUGCAACAACACCGUUUGCGUACCGAACCUCUGGGCCUGCGACGGCGAUGCUGACUGCCCCGACGGCUCCGACGAGUGGCCAAGUAACUGCGGCGCGAAGAAACCCGACGCCGGUCCCGUUCAUCGGUGCUCCUCGUUGGAGUUUCGCUGUGGAAGUGGGGAAUGCAUCCACAGUAGCUGGAAGUGUGACGGCGGUGCAGACUGUCACGAUCGAUCGGAUGAAGCAAACUGUGCCCGUCCCACCUGCCAUCCUGAUGAGUUCCAAUGCGGCGAUGGCACCUGUAUCCACGGUAGCCGCCAGUGCAACCAUCAAUACGACUGCAGGGACAUGAGUGAUGAAAGCGGCUGUGUCAACGCAACCCACUGUGAAGGCCCCUCAAGGUUUAAGUGCCGCAGUGGAGAAUGCAUUAGCAUGGAGAAGGUGUGUGACCGGCAGCGUGAUUGCAGGGAUUGGUCGGAUGAGCCUCUUAGGGAAUGUGGCUCCAACGAGUGCCUGUACAACAAUGGCGGCUGCUCUCAUAUUUGCAAUGAUCUUAAGAUCGGCUACGAGUGCCUGUGUCCUGCUGGAUUCCUUUUAGUGGACACCAAACGUUGUGAAGAUAUCGAUGAAUGUGCCGAACCUGACACCUGCAGCCAGAUCUGCAUUAACCUGAUAGGCAGUUAUAAAUGUCAGUGUGAGGAGGGAUACCAGGUCGACCCAGCCACCAAAGCCUGCAAGGCCAUCGGUACGAUAGCCUACCUCUUUUUCACCAACCGUCAUGAAGUCAGAAAGAUGACUCUGGACAAGAGCGAGUACACCCGAGUCAUCCCCCGUCUCAAGAGCGUCGUGGCCGUUGACAUGAACAUGGCCGCCAAAGAGAUCUACUGGUCAGACAUCUCCAACAAAAAGAUCUACAGAGCUCCGAUGGACUCGGCUGAAGACUCGACCACUCACAGCGCCGUCAUAAACAGCGGCAUCGAUGCUCCUGAAGGAAUUGCCUUCGACUGGAUCCACGGGAACCUCUACUGGACUGACAGCAUCCGCAGCACCAUCUCCGUGGUAACCGCUGACGGUAGCCGCCGGAAAACCCUCUUCAGGCAAAACUUAUCGAAACCUCGCGCCAUUGUGGUUGAUCCCCAAAACAACUUCAUUUACUGGACGGACUGGGGGAAUUCCGCAAAGAUUGAGAAGGCAGGUCUGAACGGAGGAGACCGCACCGCUCUGGUUACCGACAACAUCGAGUGGCCCAAUGGGAUCACGCUUGACCUGCUGAACCAGCGGCUCUACUGGGUGGACUCCAAGCUGCACACCCUCUCCAGUAUCGACGUGCAGGGCGGUGGUCGACGCACCCUCAUCAUCGACGAACACAACCUGGCUCACCCACUGGGUCUCACUGUGUUUGAGGAGAGAGUGUUCUGGACAGACGUCAGUAACAACGCCAUCCUCAGUGCCAACAGGCUGACAGGUGACGACAUCAGACCAGUGGCGGAGCACCUGUCGUCACCAGAAGACAUUAUUCUCUACCAUAACCUCAAACAGCCUGCUGGUAGGAACUGGUGCCAGGUAUCCCACUGUGAGUUCAUGUGUCUGGCAGCUCCACAAGUUGGCAGACAUCCCCCGAAAUACACCUGCGUCUGUCCAGAUAACAUGAUGCUAGCCAGGGAUAUGAGGACAUGUGUGCCUGCUGUUCCUACACCUGAAGCCCCCGCACAGCCUCAAGUUCCAGAUACCGACCCGCCUCCUCAGCCGACAGCACCACGUAGCACCACACCCAAACCGCAGGCCCGCACCACACCUAAGCUGCAGGUCCCCACCACCACGGCGCCCGUCGAGACCACCAGAACUCCAGCCAGGCCUGCCCCACGCACCACCAGACCCCCUCUCAGGACCACCACACCUGAACCAAGGACGACGACACCCGAGCCAGUGAAGAUUCUGCAGACCACCACGGAGUCUCCAGUCACGUCUCCAGAUUCAAGACCUGAUUUUGCGGCAGUUGUACCCAACCCGGCCUCCACCACCCCGCUGGCUCUCUAUAUCAUCUUACCUCUCGUGAUUGUUUGCAUUGUUGCUGUUGGAGGAGUGCUGCUGUGGAGGAACUACAGACUCAAGAACACCAACACCAUUCACUUUGACAACCCGGUCUAUCAGAAAACCACCGAGGACCAGGUGCACAUUUGGAGGAGCCACAGCCCUGACGGUUACUCCUACCCAAAGAGACAAGUUGUGAGCUUGACUGAGGAGGCAGACAACCCGGCCUUCACGGAAAACUGAAAAAAGAAAUGAGCAGCGUGGAAAGAAGAGCCUUGGUGAUAAGCUACCUGAGAGGUCCUCUUGCAUUGUUACCUCACACUGCACAAAGAAAAGAAAGAAAAGGGAGCUAAAGCCAGGAUGAGACAAUGCCGAGAAAAACAAACCUCUAUAUCCUCACAGAAACACAAGCGCUCUCCAGCGGAGAAACCAGGGUCAAGCUCCUCUGUUAAUUUCAGGUUGAACAUUGUUUCUUCCAUCAAGUUCAAAAACAACUCCUCAGCAAGUCAUACCAAAUCAAACAGACAAUCCAGCAUUGUUGUUCCUUCUUAUAACUGUGAUCCUGAUGGUGUAGCUGGAGAACUGUGUCAUGUUGAAGACACUGUGUGUCGUCUGAUCAACUGAGAUCAUUUAUCAACUGUGAAUUUUCUUGAACUCUUGAGAGGUACGAUUCACAACUCAUUUUUGUAAAUACCACUUUUAGUUAUUUUUGUAGGUUCAUGGAACAGUACAAACAGAUUUUUCUUUUGUGGUCAUGCAGAUACGAGUAUGCUAGAGAGGAGCCAAACAGAGACAGUAGUUUAAGUUAUCUCCAGUUUUACAGAAGAUGCUUAGUGGAUUUUGUUAUCUUUGGACAAAGCUAUUCUGUGUUUACCCUUUUUCCAUCCUUUUGCUAAAUUAAGCUAUGCUAAUAUAUCCAGCGCUAGCAUAUUACUUGCUGCAUUCAUGAGCUCCUCGGAUGGUCCCGGUGUCUGAGUUGGGAAGUCGUUCCUCCGACUUUUGUGUCUUUACAUGCUUUCAAUUUGGAAAGUUGGAAUGAUGUAACAAAAAAAUAUAUAUAUUUUUAAUCAGGGUUGAAUGCUAAUAAUUACAAACAUAUUGCUUAAAUAUACUAGUCGGAGUCUUUCUAUGUUGACAUGGUCAUACCAUAAAGUUAAGUGCAAUAUGUGAAUUUAUUUAAAGUUUUCCAAAUCAUCUUUUGUCCGCCAUUUUGUAAACGAAGUCAAGUCUGGCACAAAUCUUUCCUGAGUUUCUGAGUUGUUGUUCCGACAUGGGCAGACGUUCAGGAGCAUUUUCCAACUCUGAAACUCGUUCUUCCGAUGUGUCCGACGCCACAUGAAUGCAGCGUUAUCCCACAAAUGUGAGCGUGAUGUCAAUCUAUUCAUACAACUCUCAGCCAAGAAAGUGAACAAGAAUUUUCAGAAAUUAAACUAUUUUUCUGAGAGCCUCAAGGAAAAGUAAAGUUUAGUGUACAGUAAGUCAUAUGAGUCAACCUGUGUGACCUCAAUUAGACUGUUCAGAGUUUUAGACCAGUUAUUGCCUCAGUAGUGGAGAGAAAAUAUCCAAUAGGACCUGAAGACGCUGCUGUAGUUUACAUUAAAAACCACACGUGACACUGUGUUUCAGCCUUGAUUUAACCUGUGAUAGCCCUCAACAUAUGGUCACAACACGCCACCAGCAGCGGCCUGCUGAUUUGUGAUGUGCUGUCUGUGCACCGGAGAGCCAUCUUUAAAUUUUCCCUCUCAAUGCCUCUCUUGGGAGGGCGGGCCAGCACAUUCCUGAGAGACUGAAAAGCUUUGAUGCGGCCACGUGUGACCAAUUGGGUCAAUGCUAAAGCUUCUGCACCGCGGCACGUGUUCAUUUACAUCCUCCUCAAGACCAGAACUUGAACUUGACUUACACUAGCAUUCCUGACAAAACAAAGCCAUGUGCCCCAUCAUGGUGGUUCAAAAACACAUAUUGGUGUUUUUUUUAAAGAAAUUUGUGCCUUUGAAUGAUGUAGUUUGUUCAAUAAUUCAUGUUGGUGCUAUUGAGAUCAGUGGAUUUUUAAUUAAUGAGAAAACUUCUGAAUCUGUAUGUGAAGUCAUUUGAUAUUCACAGACUAACAGUGCAGGUUGAUCGUGUAAAUAUUAUGUUCAUAAAUGUAAAUAUUUUGUUCUUUGUUGUUUUUGGGUAAUACUAUCACUGUUCUAGACUUUGUUGUAAAC